AUGGGCCUCUUCCAGUCGAAGCCAAAAGCUGCAUGCCUGCUCGACAUCGACGGGACGCUGGCCCUCACGGACCCGCUCUACGUCAAGGCCUUUCAAGAUUUGAUGGCCGCCGAAGGCGUCAGUGGAGUCGACGAGGCCUGGUUCGCGGAGCACGUGGCGGGCAAGGUCGAUUCCGUGGUGUUCAAGAACGUGCUGCCCGGCGCGGUGGACGACGGCCGCGCGAACGCGGCCUCCAAGGAGAAGGACCGGCUCUUCUGCGCGCGCGUCGCCAGCGACGGCUGCGACAUCGUCCCCGGGCUAUCGUCCUUUUUCACCACGUGCCGCGCCGAGAAUAUCCCAUGCUGCGCGGUGUCGAACGCGCAGCGCGGCGGCUGCGAGGCUGUAUUAAAGCACGUCAAGGCGCACUGCCCCGACGCGUCUUCAGCAAUACGCGACCUAGUCGUCGGCGCCGAGUGCGCGCGGGCGAAGCCGCAUCCCGACCCCUAUAUCGAGGGGGCAUCAAGGGUGGGCCUGCCGCCAUCGCGCUGUAUCGUUUUUGAAGAUUCGCGCACGGGCAUCAAGGCGGGCGUCGCCGCGGGCUGCGUCGUCGUGGGCCUCACGACGUCGAUGACCGCGAGCGCGAUGCGCGAGGCGGGCUGCGCCGCGACGGUGCGCGACUGGUCCGAGGUGACGGCGGAGUUCCUCCAGGGGCUCCUGGCCUAA